UCCUUAAACACGUGGCUGUGACCGGAGCGAGCAAUGGCGACGGUAGCAGCGGGCGGCGUGUGCGAGCUGCUCCCUCCUCCGUGCGCAUUUGUUCCGGUUAGCCGUGAGUUGUUAGCGCUUUCUGGUGCGGACGGAAGGAUUCAAGUGUGGGACACCCGGGGCGGAGGAUUAAGGCGGGAAUACGUGCCCUCCGCGCACCUUAGCGCCACUUGUACCUGCCUGGCGUGGGCACAGGGCCGGGUAGACAAGGAGAGCCAUCAAAAAAAGAAACGGAAAUCUGUAGCUGUGGAAGCAGAUGGACAGUAUGAUCUUUUGACCAUAGGCACAGCGACGGGCACUAUUUUAUUAUAUAGCAUCAUUAAAGGAGAGCUGCAGAGCAAACUGGUUGGGGGCCACGACAACCGAGUGAAUUGUAUACGGUGGCACCAGGGUAACCGUUCUUUAUAUAGUUGUUCAGAAGACAAACACAUUGUGGAAUGGAGCACACAGACCUGCAAAGUAAAGUGCAAAUGGAAAGGCGACAACAGCAGUGUCAGCAGUUUAUGUAUAAGCCCAGAUGGAAAGAAGCUACUUUCAGCUGGACGGACCAUCAAGCUGUGGGACCUGGAGACUAAGGAAGUGUACAGGCAAUUUACAGGGCAUUCAUCUGCAGUUACAUCCUUACUGUUUAUGACCCAACAACCUUCCAGUGAGUCUCAGCCGCUCCCUGACACAACUAACUUGUACUUCUUGUCCGGUGCAGUGCACGAUCGGUUAAUUAGUGUGUGGCAAUCCCGGUCUGAGAAGAAAGAGAAGAGUGCUCUACUGUCCUUCACACUCACAGAAACCCCUGUUUUCAUGGACUUGUUGCCAUCUGAGAACAAAGAGGAGCCUCUGAAGUUGGCGGUUGUGUGCAGGGAUGGCCAGUUGCACUUAUUUGAACAUGUCUUGAAUGGAACCUACAAGAAGCCAGUCCAGCCCACGUGUACAGUACAGAUAGCAACUUCUGGCAGUGAUGGCGACUCCACACCAAAGCCUGUACCCAUCCUUGCAGCCAGCUUUAUUGCAGACCGGCAGUCCAUGCUCCUGUUUUAUGGCAGUACAGUGCAGCCCAUCAUUGAGAAAGUGGUACUGAAGACUGACGAGCCUCACAUAUGCUUAAUAAGGGACAUCCAGAGGACACUGACACUCAGAAGAGAGAUGCCGGUGACAAAGGUUAAAACUCCAAUUGUAAAUUCAGACGCAAAAGUUCUAGUUCCUGGAAUUCCUGGUCAUAGUUCUGCAAUAUCCGUAACAGUGUCUGGGAAAGAAAAAGCAGAGGGCAAGCGGAAGCCACAGGACAAAGAGGCCAGCAUUGAAGACCGGCUUGGUGCGAUAGACAUUGAUAUGACAAAAGUGCACAGUAAAAGUGGCCUGCCGCAGACUGACAGCUUUGCAGUACUCCUGAUUCAGGGACUGGAGAGUAACGAUACAAACAUCCUAAACAAAGUCUUUCAGACCAAAAAUGAAUCUUUAAUAAGGAAAACUGUGGCCCGGAUCCCAGUCUAUGCCGUCAUCCCACUUGUGCACUCGCUUACACACAGAUUACAAGGGCAUCCUAACAGUGCCCUUCUCAUGGUCCGGUGGUUAAAAGCAGUUUUGGUUCAUCAUGCGUCCUACCUAUCAACUUUGCCGGACUUGGUCCCACAGCUUGGCAUGCUCUAUCAGUUAAUGGAAACUAGAAUAAAGACCUUGCAGAAACUGACCCGCCUUAAUGGGAAGCUUUAUCUUCUAAUAACACAGGUGUCGGCAUAUGAGAGAGCACAAAAGCAGAAAGAUGUAAAUCAGAAGGCAAAGCUUGUGUAUGAAGAAGAAUCUUCUGAAGAAUCAGAUGAGGAUCUGAAUGCUGAGCAAGAGUCUGAUGAUAACUGGGAGGAAGGGGAAGAGGAGGAAGUGGAGGAAGAAGACAGCACAUCAGAAGACGAACAAGAUAUGAGUGUGGAGAAAGUAAAUGGGGAUUCUGAUUUGGACCCUGGGAAUGAAAGUGAGGGAGAGUAGAUUUCCUGGUUCUUCUAUAAAGGAACAUUGCUCUCAGGUUAUCAGACCUCACCCGCUGAUCACUGUGCUGGCUUGAACAGCAGCAGAGUUUAAGGACGGCUUUCAUUUCAGGAACUCUGUACAUUUCAACCUUCAGAAUGUUAACCAUUUCUGCCUUUAUCACGACCUUCCAACAGUGUCACCUGCUCAUCUGACCAGCUCUAGUACAGUCCUAGCUGUGGAUAUUUUAUUUGAGUUUGGAAUAAAUUGUCACUACCAUUAUAUGGUACCUGUUUUGUUUAACAGCACAGUGGGUUCAAAAUGUCAGUUUCAAAAAGUGUUGCUGUCUCGCAAAUUGCAAUGCAUUUCAUGCCCUCCUGGUGUUGCACAGCGUUUAUACAGUAAUGCCGUGUGAGGCGCCCUGGGAUAGCUUGACAAAUGCUAUCCUUUCAUUACUUAAGGAUGAUUCUUCUAACAAACCCUGCUAGAUAAUGUUAUAUUCACGGAGUUCAUACCUUGGGCACAAAACCAACCAUGGCCUGUAGGUUGCAGAUGUGUAAAACACCAGUUGACAAAAAUCCACCUAACAGACCAGCUUGACAAUGUAAUUUUUUUUUCACCCCCACGGUGAAACUUCUCUUUAAUUUUAAGUAAGCCUGAUUUUUAUACAUAAAUUAAUGUACUUUUCCUUUGUGCUUCUAAGAAAUCGCAAACCUGUGAAGAUUUUUUUUGUUUUUAACUGAUUGUACAUAACAAUCCUGCAGAAAUAUGUUCUUCUCAGUUGCAAACCAGAUAAAGAAUGUGGAAUUUUUUUUAUAUAUAUACUUUGCAUUGCAGAGUUGUGGUUCUUUUGUAAUCCAAUAUCAAAUCUGUUUGAACUUUAUUUUUUUGAGAGCGGUCUGUAGCGCUUUAAAUAACCUCCUGUAUAAUGUACAGUAUAUUUGUCUAUAAACUGAACUGUUAUGGCAACUUAAUACCGCCUCCUUUGUAAAGUGAAUAAAAGUAUAGUUCUCCUUUAA